UAAGGGCAAUAAACCUAGGGGCAAAGGCAAGUGGCAAGUGACAUGCAAAAAAUGCGGAGGUCUUGGCCAUAGGUCGUCAUCUCCAAAGUGCCCGAUGAAUGGAACAAAGAAAAGGAAAAGCCGAGCUAAAAAGGGGAAGGCUGGGAGGCCUCCAGGCUCUAGCAAAAGGCAGAAAGUUGCUGAGCAAGGAAGUCCAGAGAACAACAGUCCUGUGACAGCAAGUCAAUUCUCAUCGGCCAUAGUAGAGCUAGAAGGCACAAGUCAAAUCAACACUUCUCCUGGUCCUGUGACAAGAAGGCAAUCACUUUUAGCAAUGGUGGAGGUAGGAGGGUCAAACCAAAUCACUACAAGUUUUGGACCUGUAACAACAAGCCAAACCGGAGAAGAGGCACUAAAUAUUGUUACCACUCCCACCAAGUCUCCAGCAAGGCGUCGGAUAGGACUUAAGAAAAAGCUCACUCCAAGGAAGGGAAGAAAUAGUGCUACCUGAUCAAUUGAAGAAUAAUUAU